GGGAAGGAAGUAAAAGAGGGAGGGAGGGAGGAAGGAAGGAAGCCUUUACAAGGCAAUUAUAAAGUGAUAUGAGGGGAUGGUGACUUGAUUGUUUGAGCCACAUUAUGUGACCUGGUCUCUAUCAUUUAGUAUAAAAUAUUAACUUAUUAUAUAUGAGAGUAUAGUCUUACUGUUGGCUCGGAGCCUGACUCUAGACUAUUUCCCCACCCACGUACUUUCUCACCCUCCCAACACCCUGAGAGUAGGCUGCAUUAUUAUCCCCAUUUCGCUGAUGAGGAACUGAGACUCGGGAGCAGGGGGAGUGAUACGAGAGCAGUUGGUGUGGGGGCGGGGGGAGGGACCAAGCAUCAGCUCAGGCUUUCUGACCCCAGAGUGUGUUGAAUUUCAAUGAUCAUCACGAUUUAUUCUCUUAAUAAACUUCCUGUCGCCGGGGUCCUUGGUAGCAUGACUUUGACAACUUGUCAGCUCUGUGUGGGUGCGUGGCAGACGUGGAUAUGGGGAAGUCCAGAGAUGACAAGGGGAGAGUGAGCUCCAUUAGGUGAGGGUGAGGUAGGGGUCUGACACGGGGAGGGGAGCCAGCCUGGCAACAGGGUGUCUCAAGCCCAGCAUCAAAGACUCCCCCUUGUGGGAAUCAGAGCAAGCUGGUCUCAUUUCCCUUCUCUCUACCGCAGGAUGGGGUGCGUGAAGUCCAAGUUCCUCCGGAACGGAGGCAAGGUCUCAAAAACCGAGCCCAACACCAACCCACACAACCCCGUGUAUGUGCCGGAUCCCACGUCCUCGGGCAAGCGGUGGCCUGACAGUAGCAAUGGCAACCCGCCAGGGUCCACAGAGGGUUCUGAGGAUAUCAUUGUGGUUGCCCUGUAUGAUUAUGAUGCCAUUCACCAUGAAGACCUCAGUUUCCAAAAGGGGGACCAGAUGGUGGUCCUGGAGGAGUCUGGGGAGUGGUGGAGAGCGCGAUCUCUGGCCACCCGGAAAGAGGGCUACAUCCCAAGCAACUACGUCGCCCGUGUCAACUCUCUGGAGACAGAGGAGUGGUUCUUCAAGGGCAUCAGCCGAAAAGAUGCAGAGCGCCAGCUCCUGGCCCCUGGCAACGUGCUGGGCUCCUUCAUGAUCCGGGACAGCGAGACCACCAAAGGGAGCUACUCUUUGUCCGUGCGAGACUACGACCCACAGCACAGGGACACAGUGAAACAUUACAAGAUCCGCACGCUGGACAAUGGGGGUUUCUACAUCUCACCCCGGAGCACCUUCGGCAGCCUGCAGGAACUGGUGGCCCACUACAAGAAGGGGAGCGACGGACUCUGCCAGAAGCUGACAGUGCCCUGCAUGUCCUCCAAGCCCCAGAAACCUUGGGAGAAAGACGCCUGGGAGAUCCCCCGGGAGUCCCUCAAGAUGGAGAAGAAACUUGGAGCUGGGCAGUUUGGGGAAGUCUGGAUGGCCACCUACAACAAGCACACCAAGGUGGCCGUGAAGACGAUGAAGCCCGGGAGCAUGUCCGUGGAGUCCUUCCUGGCAGAAGCCAACCUGAUGAAGACUCUGCAGCAUGACAAGCUGGUGAAGCUGCAUGCUGUGGUCACAGAGGAGCCCAUCUACAUCAUCACGGAGUUCAUGGCCAAAGGCAGCCUGCUGGACUUCCUGAAAAGUGAAGAAGGUAGCAGGCAGCCACUGCCCAAACUCAUCGACUUCUCAGCCCAGAUCGCAGAAGGCAUGGCCUUCAUCGAGCGGAGGAACUACAUCCACCGAGACCUUCGAGCUGCCAACAUCUUGGUGUCUGCGUCCCUGGUGUGCAAGAUCGCCGACUUCGGCUUAGCGCGGGUCAUCGAGGACAAUGAGUACACAGCACGGGAAGGGGCCAAGUUCCCCAUCAAGUGGACAGCUCCUGAAGCCAUCAACUUUGGCUCCUUCACCAUCAAGUCAGACGUCUGGUCCUUUGGUGUCCUGCUGAUGGAGAUCGUCACCUAUGGCCGAAUCCCUUACCCAGGGAUGUCAAACCCCGAGGUGAUCCGUGCACUGGAGCGUGGGUACCGGAUGCCUCGACCAGACAACUGCCCGGAAGAGCUCUACAACAUCAUGACUCGCUGCUGGAAGAACCGACCCGAGGAACGGCCCACCUUUGAAUACAUCCAGAGUGUGCUGGAUGACUUCUACACGGCCACUGAGAGCCAGUACCAACAGCAGCCGUGAUGGGGGUGGCCAGGCGGGGCCAGGCGCUGAGGCCAUGCCUGCGUGGUGGCUCCUGGUGCCCGCUCACCCUUCCUAUUCUCAGACACCCACCCUCCCUCCAGCCGUAAUUCCUCAUCUGCCAAGUGGGUGGGUCGGACUGGACACUCUGUUUUUGACUCUGGAGAUCCACAAUCUGCAAUUCUCAGGACACCUCCAGUUGACAUUUCUAUUGCCUGGGACAGCUGGAUUCUAGUUACUGCUGCAGUUUGGAUAGAAAACUUUAAAAAUGAUUAAAUAAAUAUUUAAAUAAAAGAUCUGACUGCUAAAGGUUUUACUAAUAGGUUAGCUUUUCUUGUCUUGCCGGUUUUGGAACAUUUGCCUUUUGGUGGAUGACAAGUCAAAGGGGGAAGGACUGGUGAAGAGAAGUGGGGUUCAAUGCUCCCAGUUUUCUAACUGCCCCCGAAUACUUGCUGGCUGUAUUACUUGCCUAUGGCUUCUGUAACGAAUUAGCACAAACUUGGUGGCUUGAAACAAAACAAAUGUACAGUUCCAGAGGUCAGAGUCUGAGAUGGGUUGGCAGGGCUGGGUGCUUUCUGGAGGCUCUAGGGGAGAAUCAUUCCCUUGCCUUUUCCAGCUUCUAGAAGCUGCCCACAUUCCUGGUUCCCUUCUGCUCAUCACUCCAAAUUCUGUUUCCAUCAUCACAUGUCCUUCUCUGACUCUGACUCUGAGGCCUCCCUGUGUUACUUGUCAGAACCCCUGUAGUUAUACUAGACUCACCUGGAUAAGCUUCGCUGAUAGCUCAGCUGGUAAAAAAUCCGCCUGCAAUGAAGGAGACCCCGGCUCAGUCACUGGGUUG